AAAAAAAAAAUAGAUAAAACCAAAGCCAAAAAAACCCCAAAAAAACAAAAACAAAACCCAAAAAUAAUAAUAGUAACGACCGCAAAAUUUUGAAGAUAAAGAACGCUAUUGAUUUUUAUAUAUGUCUAUGAGUUUCAAAAUGGCAAUGGCAAAACCAGUUUGAUCGUGUGUUUAAAGUACCUGUGAUCGACCAUUUGCAGUAUUUGUAUAUGUCCCGGUGCUUGGAAGAGUAUUGGAUCGUUAGCGACGACAUUGUGUUUCUGUGAAACCACAAGCAGCAAAAAUGUUACGAGAAUUAGAAAUUACGUCUACAGUUUUCUUGAACUUUGGUGUAUACUUCGCAUUGGCGGGUUGUUAUUAUAAAUCGUACUAUAACAGGUACUAUUGUAGUUACAGUUACUAUGACUACAACUACUAUUACAUUGGUGACGGGGCAAUAGCUGGAAUUAUCAUCGGGGUGUUAGCGGCUAUUGGAUUGCUGAUAUUCGUCUUUGUCUGUGUUUGUAUCAAGAACUGCAAGGGAGUUCACUUCCGAACGAGGUCACGAUUCGGAUGGCCAGUCGGGAAUUUAAAUAGCUCAGUGACGUACCAAAAUACAGUUCGACAAACAAGAUUGUUUCAUCAACAGCCAUAUCCAACUACUACACUGAAUUAUACAACGGCUCCCGUCCAAACAUAUCUAUACGGAAACACACAUGUUCAGUACGGGAUACCGCCACCCGUCAAUGCACCGGUACCGUACAGCGCCACCUAUACAGCUCCUCCGCCGACCUAUUCUUCCGUGUUCACUACGCAUGCUCCAGUGGGUAAAAUGUAAAUCAGUUCACUCCUUCGUCUGGGGAACCUGGUAGUUCAAAGACACAAGAUGGAUACUUGAUAAAGUGAUUACUAAGGCUGGUAAAAAUGACGAUUGGCAAAUUCAAUCAUGGUCCUCAAAUGAAUUCCAUUUAUGAAAGAUCUCGUAGUUUCCGCACGUUGAGCACCCCCUUGCAAACAGUGUACUCGUAUUCUUAAUUAAUACAUUUAACUUCUAAUCGUUCCUUUCCGGAAAAACAAUUAAAUUGGAUUUGGAUUGAGGACUCUUACCGAAUCAAAAUAUAGAUUUCAAAUGGGCUUCAUCUGUGAAUAAAUCAUGUGAGGGUCACUCGGUAGUUUUGCUGAAAUUAAAUCCCCAAAUGAUUUUUGAUGGACUGUGUUAUAAUGAACCUGUUUAUAUUGUAUAGACGUGGUAGGUCUAUUACUUCGUAUGAUUUUAUCAUUUGUGAUAUUGGCCAUUAUCCUUCCCUACUCUGAAAUCGAUAUCGACUACAGUUUAUAUGAAACGUAUUUACUGUGAUUGUUCCACGACAACGAGUAGACUUCUUUUCAAAUUUUCAGACUAGCGUACGCUACUUAAUCUAUACUGCAUGUAGAGACGAAUAUUCAUUGCUGCCUGUGUAGCUCCCUACAGAAUACAAUCUACAUUAUAAGACUAUGUGAAAUACUGUGACUUACUGUCACACUGAAGUGUCCUGGAAGUUUGUUGAUAUUGAUUGUGUUUUCCUGCAUCUGGAAUGAGUUUUGUGUUUGCAGUAUGCAGAUGCUGGCAAUAGUAGACGUAAUCAAAUGAACCAUAUAAAGAGGUCAAAACUGUUACGUACAAUUAGUAUUUGUCCCGUACAAUCAGUAGUCGCCACGUACAAUUAGUAACAGUAGCGAACAAUCAUGUAAUGGCAACCCUUAUAUUUUGAAAUUUAAGCAUACAUUUGAGCUUUUCAUAUUUUUAUUGCAGAUGAUUUUUUUGCAUGCUUCAAACAAAUUUUAACGCGAAAAACACAUAAUUGUGAUGACCUAAUCUGUAAUAUGACCUCUGUGUGUGUUAAUUUAAUUUUGUCCGUCAUCAUUUCAUGUGGAGGCAUGAAAUAAACAUACUACACAGCUGAUAUGUUUGCAAACAAACGAAUAUUCUUAAUAAGUUAUAGAUAUAUCCUAUUUUGUUUCUGUGUGAUUUCCAUGCCACAUUCUCUUAUUUGAACUUUUCACACUUCAUUGUAUAUUAUGGUUCGAACGUAUUUUGUCUUAGAUAAAGUAUUUGCAUUAUUA